AUGAAAGCUGAGCUUGAAGAUCUUUCGGUUAAAGCAGCAGCAUACGAGUACAUGAAUGGGUGUUUAACUGUGUCAGCUAUAAAUCAUAGGCCUCAUACCGUGUCUUUUUGCUCCACUAUAACAGUCAACAUUAUUGUUAGUACUAAAAAGGGAUUGACUGCUGCAUGUGCUGAUUGUGUUUCUAGAUCUCCUGGUUCCAUUGAUUUAUUGCACAAGGCCGAUGUUCAUCUGCCAAGUAGAGGUUUGUUCUCUUCUGAAAACAAUAAUGGAGAAUCCUCACUCAUUUCAGAUCACCAAGUGUAUGAUGACUUGAUUAGCGAUGAUGAUUACUUUUCUUACAUCAGAUAUUAUUUUACAGCUGUGCAGGGUAAGAGAAGGAAGCCAGCUGAUGAUCAGCAGACAAAUCCACUUGAUGCUUCUGUUUUGUCUACUCAUCUUGAUGACAGAGAAUCCUCAUUCAUUGCAGAUCAUCAAGUGUAUGAUGACUUCCUUGGCGAUGAUGAUUAUUCCGAACAUGACGAGGACUUUAACUCCAGAUAUGAUAAAAACCUAAAACCUGUUCCAAAAGGGUAUGGCUUCCUAGGUCCACCUACGGGGAAAUGUGUUAAAUGUCAGUCCAUAAUGUGGGCUGAGGAGAGAUCUAACAAAGGUGUCAAGAAAGCUUUGUUCAAGUACACUAUAUGCUGUGGCAAUGGCAAAGUCAAGCUUCCACCGGCGCCAAAUGAAGGGAAGGAUCCCAAAUUCUCACAAGUAUAUAUCUAUGACACUGCUAAUGAGGUUCAAAACAGAAUGAGGUGGAUUGGGGUUGAUCAUUCAGAUGAAAUUAAUCAAGAAAUUGUUAGUGGUCUGAUUGUAAUGUUGGAUGAAAAGAAUAAAAUUGUGAAAAAAUUCCGAACUGCCCGUGACAGGUUUGAAAAGGACAAUGUUGUUGAAUUGGAUAUAAUUUUUAAAGUAUCUAAAGCAAGUGAUGGUAGGGAAAAUCGCCCUGGACCUUCAAACGAAGUUGUUGGAAUCUUGGUCGGCGAUCAAGAAGAGACUGAUCAGAGCCGUGAUGUGAUAGUUGAUGAGAUCAAAUCAGGACUACAACGGAUUCCCAACAUUAACCCUAAAUUAAUGGCGUUGCAGUAUCCUUUACUUUUUCCUAAUGGUGAAGAUGGCUUCCACCUAGGAUUAAAAUAUCAGCCAACUGAAGAGCAGCGUGGUAAAACAAGAGAAAGCAUCACCUUGAAAGAUUAUUAUGCAUACAAACUUCAAGUCAGACACAGUGAAUGCAUGUCGCCAAGACUUGGUGGACGACUGUUUCAACAGUAUAUUGUAGAUGCAUUUUCUACAAUUGAGCAGGCACGUCUUUGGUGGUACAGAACUCAUCAGACCACUCUAAGGAGUGAGUUGUACAGUCACAUAUGCGAUACUAUACGAUCUGGUGAUCUAGAUAAAUCUAAUCUUGGCAAAAAUUUCAUUCUACCCACGGGCUAUGUUGGAUCAAAGCGAUAUAUACAACAGAAUUUUCAGGAUGCUCUUGCUGUAUGUCGGCACAUUGGUCACCCGGAUAUUUUCCUUACAAUGACAUCAAAUCCUAUGUGGCCAGAGGUUAUUGAGAUGAUGAAGCUGAUUCCAUAUGGUACCCCUGUUGACAAUCCAGAUAUCGUUGCUAGAGUAUUUAAGCUAAAACUUAAUCAGCUACUCCAUGAUAUCCGGCAAGAAAGUUUCUUUGGAACAUGCAUUGGAGUUAUGUAUGUUGUGGAAUUCCAAAAGCGCGCUGGUUAUGAAGCUGUCAAACAGUUUAUGAUCCAUGGCCCGUGUGAUCCUGAAUUCCCAAAAUCUCCCUGCAUAGUUAAUCACAAGUGUUCUAGGCAUUUUCCCAAAAAGUAUGCAAAUAGCACAACUUUUGAUGAAUCCGGUUUCCCCGUGUACAAGAGGACGAACUCUGGGAUUACAGUUAAUGUUAGAAACGCAGAGUUAGAUAAUCAAUGGGUUGUCCCCUACAACAGAGAUUUGUUGGUAAAAUACCAGUGUCAUAUCAAUAUCGAAAUAUGCUGUCAUGCUCGCAGCAUCAAAUAUUUGUUCAAAUAUUGUUUGAAAGGUCCUGACAGAGCAACUGUUGAAGAACGUGGUUCCAGACAAAUCCAAAAAACUAAGCCAGAAGACCCUGUAGACGAGAUUCAACAAUAUUUUGAUGGAAGAUAUAUCUGUGGCGCUGAAUCUGCAUAUCGUACCUUUGGUUUUGACAUACAUCAUAGGUCAAUAUCCGUUGAGCGAUUACCUUUCCACCUUCCGGGGAAACGUUCAUGCACAUUCCGAUCAAAUGAACCUUUGAAAAAGAUUGCCAACAGAGAAAAAUCUCGCAGAAGCAAGUUGGAGGCAUUUUUUCAUCUCAAUACCAUUGACCCUAAUGCCAGGCAGUAUACAUACGAUGAAAUUCCAAAACAUUAUGAAGCUGCCAAUCAUUAUGGUUUUCUCAAUGAUGAUAAUGAAUGGCAUGAGGUUAUUGUAGAGUGUGCAAAAUGUGGGUUUGCAUCCCAGAUCAGACAACUGUUUGUUCACAUCAUUGUCAAUAGCCAGCAACGACGAAAAAGCACUGGCAAUCCCUUACUCAAUCUCAGUGAUGAGGAGAUUCUUUAUCAUGCUCUUGCAGAUGUUCAUAAGUUGUUGAAGGCUGUUGGAAAGAGUUUGUCUAAUUAUCCAAUGCUGCCACAACCUCCACCGAUUUAUUUAAAUACAGGAGCAAAUAAUCUCAUACUGGACGAGACAAACUAUGAUAUUCUUGCCAUGCAGAAUGAAUUUGACAAACUGAUUGAGAAUUGCAACGAAGAUCAAAUGAAAGUUUUUGAAGAGAUAAUUACUGCAGUAGAGAAAGGCCAGGGUGGUGUUUUUUUUGUUUAUGGUAGUGGUGGUUGA